AAACAUACAGCAGCAGGGAUUCCCACGUGGUCACCCACCGUAGUACUAAUCUGCCGUUCAACUGCUUAUGUAUGGCAGAGCGGACGGGAUGCCCAGUUUUCAGCUGACUGUGGCCGUAUGUGCUUGAUUAGAAAUGUUUAUCGUCCAUAUCAGGUUGGUUUGUCUACCAUCACAGGCAGCAACCCUCAUCUACAUCAUCGUCAAGUUUCACUUCCAUCAUCGCGCGUACAGCAGGCUUCCACGAAUAUCAGUUCAUGA